ACCACCCGAUCGUCUCGACUAUACUGCCAUUCGGAAAGCACACUGCUUUGGCUCUUACUUGAAAUCUAAGCCCUAGUAAACGCCAACCGAACUUCUGUGAGACGUGUGUGUUGUCUCGCCACUUCCUCCUCGCCGGUCGUAGUUACCCCAUCAACAAACACCGUAAACAAUGCCAACACCUUCCACGUCGGAGCCGAAGACGUCGUCAAAGGCGGCGUCCAAAUCGUCGUCAACCUCAAAGUCGGCAACUUCAAAGUCAGCGUCCUCAAAGUCAGCAUCAACAUCAAAGUCUUCCAAGUCGAAAUCUUCCAAGAGCGACUCCUCCAAGGUGCACAAACUCGCGCUAAAGGGCUCAUCCAAGGUCGUCAAUGAGUUUUUCGAAUAUUCAAUCAACACCAUCCUCUUUCAACGAGGCGUGUACCCAGCCGAGGACUUUACCGCAGUCAAAAAGUAUGGUCUGACUAUGAUGGUUACUGCGGAUGAUCAGGUCAAAGCCUACAUCAAGAAGAUUAUGGGACAACUAAAAGAAUGGAUGUAUGGUGGCAAGAUUUCGAAGCUUGUUGUUGUUAUCACGAGCAAAGAAACUGGAGAGCAUGUUGAACGAUGGCAAUUUGAUGUGCAAAUCUUUGGCAAAACCGGCACUUCCAAAUCGUCCAAGAAAACAACGGACCAAGAAAACUCGACACCAGAAGCGAGCGAUGCCCCAGAAGAGAAGACCGAGUCUGAGAUCCAAGCUGAGAUUCAGUCUAUUUUCAGGCAGAUCACCGCAUCAGUCACCUUCUUACCCAUGUUAGACGGCAACUGCACUUUCAAUGUACUUGUCUAUGCCGACGCCGACUCAGAGGUACCUAUGGAAUGGGGCGACAGCGAUGCGAAGGAAAUUAAAAAUGGUGAAAAGGUGCAACUCCGAAGCUUCAGCACCAGUAGCCAUCGUGUAGAUACAUUGGUCAGCUACAGGCUUGCCGACUGAUCCAUCAAACUCCGUUGGGGGUUCUCUCAACUGUUUUCGCAAUGUGUCAAAUUAGGUUGUCCCUGUGUCCAUACAUGUACAAAUAAAUUCGUCGACCAUUUUGACACAAUGGUUACUACGGCUAUUGGCUUUGUGUAUUUGACCAAAACGAGACAUCAAUUAUCGAUCAUCAUCAA